CAGUUCAAGCGGCGGAUGAACUGGCGCGGCGAAGCAAAAUGCGGAUGCGGGUGCGAUUGGCUGGCCUAGGCGUGUUUGUUGUGGUGGGUAUGAUCGUACUCUAUCCUUCCCCACUCAAGACUCGACACCUCAACACAAUUCGAAGUAUUUUUCCACAGUCGAAACUUACCUGGCAGCUUCAGCCUGCUGCCGCAGUGUCAAGUCCCUUGAACUCAUCAUCCUCUACCACUCCCACUGUUGUUGACACUCGCGACCAAGUCCUGGCGAAUGUCCACCUGCCAAAAUCUGUCCCGGUGCAAGAACCUCCCGUGCAGAGCAUACCAUCUCCUCAUCUUGAGGGCGAUAGCAUCAAGUUCGCCGUAUUUCGAACUGAUAACGGGACGAAAUUUGUUAGUACUGAGAAGAUUAGUUCUAAAUUCAGCAUUUCGACCUUGGAUCAUGAAUCACAGAAAAUUGUCUCAAAUUUCCCGAAUUCACUUUUUGCGGAUAACAUCGGCGAUAAUGAAAGUGAAUCGGGUGAUGAUCUGAAAAUGAAAGCUGCACUUGAGUAUUCUAAGAAAACUUUAGAUCUUGUCCGAAGGAUUGAAGACAAGGCUACACCUGCAAAUUUUGUUGAUGUACCUAAGGUAGGAGCGCUGCCUAAGCCAGCAUCCUCGAGUAACGUUCCAUGGCACGAGAAUCCUGAUGAAGUCAUCUCGCCUGCACGGCUGCGUGAACGAGCUGCAAAGUUCCCUCCAGAUUCGGCGAUUGGUCGCUUCAUGGCAGAGCAGAGCCGACGAGUUGAACACAUCGGCAGGCAGUGCGCAAUGUCUCGUAAAGAAAUGCCACAUGAAAUUCUUGGGUAUGAGGCUUCCGUCAUGGCAAUAAAUGCCUACGCACACUUGAUUUUUGACAGGAGGAACUCGCUGACGUUCUGCCCGGUGUACAAGGCAGCGAGCACCUCGUGGUCCAACAACCUGCUGCAGCUCAGCGGGCUGGUGCCUAGCAAGAGACGACAACCUGCAGCCGCCAUUCAGAACCUUCUGGGGCAGGUCUUUCCUAGGAUCUCUGGCAUAGCUGGUCCCUCGUUAACGAAGGACACGAUAAAGUUCAUGGUGGUGCGUCAUCCGUUCGAGCGGCUCGUGUCGUGCUACAGGGACAAGUUCCAGGACGGUCUCAAGGAUUAUUAUUACGAGAUGUAUGGCGAGAAGAUGGUCCAUCUCUACCGUCCCAAGCCGCCGGGCUUCAGCGAUGACGAGAUCGCUGCGAUGUUGAAGCAAGUUCGCAACGCAGUCUUGAAGCAUCACCUAACUCGCAUCAAAGGGAACCCAUACUCCAACCCAAUAGGGCCGACUUUCCCAGAGUUUGUACAGUUCAUCAUAAACGCUCGUCAAGACGACGAACAUUGGCGUCCAUAUUACACGCACUGCGCAGCCUGCUACAUCAAAUACCAUGCAAUCCUCAGAUUUGAGACUCUGUACGAUGAGAGCAUUCAGUUCAUCGAGUACCUGAACCGGACUGGAGCGAUAGAGCCGCGCUGGGAUAACAUUUCCAGUCAAGGAGCCUCCACCAGUGCAGUCGCGUGUUCAUUAUUCAAACAACUCACUGUAAACUUGGUUCAGAAACUUCUUCAGAAAUAUGCUAAGGAUUUCAUAUAUUAUGAGUAUCAAGGAGAAGAGUACCUCAAGUGUGCCAAGGACUAUAAAGAGGGCAUGACUGCCGACGUCCGCAUCAAUUAUAUGAAUGAUGCCGAAAACAAUACCAUAGCCGGUGUACCUGCUCGGUAACAUGACAUUAUAGGUUUCUGUUCAGUAUUUUGCUAACAAUUACAAUAUUUAUCAGUAUUGUACUCUUAAGAAAUAUCUGUAAUAUUUUAUUAUUCGUUCCAAAUCUAUGUUUGUGUUGGAGACUGACUGUCUUCAUGUAAAAAGUGUGCUUAUCGGGUUAAAAAAUGAAUAUCCGAAAUUAUUUUCUAAUGACCGUUUACCUAGUAUCACAUUUACGGAAGCAGAGAA